AUGACAUGUUCAAAAAUAUUUUCAGGAGAUUUACCUGAAUUAAUAAACGAAGUUAUAAAAUAUUUUCGUCAUGAUUAUAAAACAUUACAUUCAUGUAUAUUGGUUAAUAGAUUAUGGUGUCGUCUAGCAAUUCCAUUAUUAUGGGAAGAUCCAUUUUCAAUAAAACUUCCUAAAAAUUAUCGUUUUAUUGAAAUUUAUUUAAAUAAUAAUUUAAAUGAAGAAGAUAAAACAAAAUUAAAUGAAUAUGGUAUUAAUUAUAAUAAAUUAUUAUUACCAUCAAAUACAUCAAAUAAUUCAUUAUUUAAUUAUCCUAAUUUUAUUAAAUGUUUAAAUACAUGGAAAAUAAUAUUUUCUAUUGAACAAUGGAUUUUAACUAUUAUAAAUGUUAAAGCAGGAUUACAAUCCACCAAUUAUUUUUUAAAAAAUAUGUAUCCAAAUAAUUUUGAUCAAAAAUUAAAUUCUUCAAGAUUAAUUUAUAAAUUAUUAUUUAAAAUAUUUAUUGAAAAUGAAGUAAAAUUACAUACUUUUGAAGUUAUUGUUGUUAGAGAUAUUGAUCAUGAUUGUUUUAAUGAUGCUUUUAAUUUAAUUUUACAAAAUCAAGAUUUUAUUUUUAAUAUAAAAAAUUUAAAACUUCAAAGAAUUGCAAAUGGAUCAAAAAUUUUCCCUUUUUUAAAAUUUUUAUAUUCAAAUUGUAAUUCAAUUAAUUCACUUUAUUUUCAAUUCCCAAGAUUUAAUAAUAAUAAUUUAUUAACUGAAGAUUAUUUAUUAAAAAUAAUUAAUUCACAAAAAAAUCUUAAAAAAAUUUCUUUUGAACGUAAUUAUUUAUUUAAAGGAAAAUUUUUUUUAUCAUUAAAAAAUUCAAAUUGUUCAAAUACUUUAAAUACCAUCAUAUUUUAUAGGAUAGAUUUUAAAAAAAUCAUCAUUUCAAAUGAAGAAUUUGAAAAUUUAAAUGUUUUAGAAUCAAUUCAUAUACUUUAUUGUUAUUCUUUAAAUUCAGAUUUUAUUCAACAAAUUAUUAAUCUUAAAAAACCAUUUAAAUUAAAAUCUUUAUUUAUGGAUAUUAUGUUACAAAUUGAUUCUUUAAAUUUAUUAUUACAAAAAUCUGGUUCUUAUUUAGAAAAUAUUGGUUUUGGCUCUUCUAUAAGUAAUGAAUUAAGAAAACAAUUUGAUUUAUUUAUGAAAUAUUGUAAAAAUAUUAAAUUUUUUGAAUUACCAGGUUUUGAUAAUUUAAAUAUUUAUUUAUCUUUUGAUUUAAUUAAAAUUCUUGAUCAAAAUCUUAAUUAUCUUUCUAUAGAUUUUCAUUAUUAUCUUGAUUAUUAUUAUCAUCAUAAUUUUUCAAAUGAUGGUGAUAUGGAACCUAGUUCUAUAGUAUUAUUAAAUUUGGGUCAAAUUCUUCCUCAUAAGUUAGAAUAUUUAAAUUUAUCUCUUAAAUUUGAUUUAAAUAAUUUAGAAAUAUUUUUACAAAAUUCUCAAAAUACUUUUAUUAAAAAAUUAUUAAUUAGAAAUAAAAUGCAAGAAGGAAGUCUUAAUAUUUUACCUUAUAUAAAGAAAUAUAUUAUGAAAAAAGAAAGGGUUAAAUAUUUAGCUAUAAUGGAAGUUUAUUUUGAAAAAAGGGAAGAUUUAUCUUUUAUGAAAGAUGAGGUGAAAGAAUUUGAAUCUUAUAAUAUUAAAGUUCAAAAUUAUGAUGAUUUAUAUAUUCAAGUUUAUGAUUUGAUAAAAGAGAUGGAUUAG